CCCGCCAAGGCAACGCCUACAACGGUUCCGGCUCGAUCCAGCCUUGUCUCUUCCAGCGCAGCUUGUGGAACCCGGCGCCACCACGAUGGUGCAGGCCUGGUACAUGGACGAGUCCACUGCCGACCCGCGGAUGCCCCACCGCGCACAGCCCGACCGCCCGGUGGGCCUGGAGCAGCUGCGCACGCUCGGAGUGCUCUAUUGGAAGCUGGAUGCUGACAAGUAUGAGAAUGAUCCAGAGCUGGAAAAGAUCCGGAGAGAGAGAAACUACUCCUGGAUGGACAUCAUUACCAUAUGCAAAGAUACACUUCCUAACUAUGAGGAGAAGAUCAAGAUGUUCUUUGAGGAGCAUCUGCAUCUGGAUGAGGAGAUCCGCUACAUCCUGGAGGGCAGCGGCUACUUCGACGUCAGGGACAAGGAGGACAAGUGGAUUCGGAUUUCCAUGGAGAAGGGGGACAUGAUCACGCUUCCUGCCGGCAUCUAUCACCGCUUCACGCUGGAUGAGAAGAAUUACGUGAAGGCCAUGCGGCUGUUUGUGGGAGAACCUGUGUGGACACCAUAUAACCGUCCGGCUGACCAUUUUGAUGCCCGGGUACAGUACGUGAGAUUUCUGGAAGGAACAGCAUAGCCGUUCUCCCUGAAGAGAAAAGUGCACUGUGUGAAUCUACUGCUUCAGUAACCAUCGGAAAGUCACUCACCUCUCUGCUUUUAUAUGGAGACUUGAGGCUAGACUAGCUCUCUUUCACAAGAUUGUCAGAUCAGAGUCUUUUUAAUGAAAGCAUCUGUAAAAGUGAUUUUUCCAUGAAAACCACAAAAAAUGUGAACAAUUCUCCCUAACUGUCAUGACUUAGAGAAAUGGGAGCCCUGGGUUGGUGUAUGCAUUCAUGCAUAGCCGAUCUUCAUCUCCUGAAGGUCCUUCUGUAGGUGUCUGUUGGGGUACGAAGCAAUGCCUCUGGAAGGCGGCAGUUAUACCCAGCACAACUAACCAGAUGGAAGAUGCUUUUCUCCCUUGCUGAUCUUUGGGGUGGAAAGUUGGGUUGUCUCUUCUUCUCCCUUCAAAACAAAUCAGUUUCCUUAAUUGUCUGUUCAUGGCUAAGCUGUAUUACACUCAUGUGUACAUACAGUAUUUUACUUGGUUCAUUAAAGCCUUGCAUUUAGAUUCCUUAUAUGAUUUUAUAUGCACAUAGUUAAUUUCUACAUCAGGAUAGCUAUUUUCAUUGUGAUUUUGGGUCCUUUUAUAAUCUAGAUUCAAAAGAGGUAAUAUAUGAUUUUUCUACUCAAGCACCGUGGGGCUGGACUGAUAUAGCUUAGAUGUAGAACUGUCACCCAGCAAAUGCAAGGUCUUGGGCAUGAGCCCCAGCACCACAAAUAAAGAAUAAUAAUCCUGAAA